AUGGCAAAAAAGCAGUAUGAUUUAUUAUUCAAGUUAUUGCUUAUCGGAGACAGCGGUGUUGGCAAGACGUGUAUUUUGUAUAGAUUCAGUGAUGAUGCUUUCAACACAACCUUCAUUUCUACUAUAGGUAUCGAUUUUAAAAUAAAGACAAUAGAAUUGAAAGGGAAAAAAAUUAAAUUACAAAUUUGGGAUACAGCUGGACAGGAAAGAUUUCACACUAUUACCACAUCUUAUUAUCGAGGCGCUAUGGGUAUCAUGUUAGUUUAUGAUAUAACAAACGCGAAAAGCUUUGAUAAUAUUGCAAAGUGGUUAAGAAAUAUUGACGAGCAUUUUAAGCAUGCUUCGGAAGAUGUUGAAAAGAUGUUACUGGGUAAUAAGUGUGAUAUGGCAGAACGGCGGGUAGUUUCGCGUGAACGUGGAGAAAAAAUAGCCAGUGAUCAUGGUAUUAGGUUUCUAGAAACGUCCGCUAAAGCUAAUAUACAAAUUGAUAAGGCAUUUUAUGAUCUCGCUGAAGCUAUUCUCGAUAAGAUGCCAGUAAAAGAUGAAGGAAUGAAGCAGCCAACAAUACGGCCUGCAGAGCAACAAAGUAAUGUAACUUUAGGCAAAUUAUCCUGCUGCUAA